AUGGCUAACACAAACAAAAGAGAUAGUUACAACUCCAAACCUCCAGUCUUUGAUGGAGAAAAUUUUGACUACUGGAAAGACAAAAUUGAAAUUUUUUUCUUAGGCUAUGACGUUGACCUAUGGGACACCGUUACAAAUGGUUAUGAACCACCUGUAUCUGAUGUUGGUAUUGUUAUUACCAAAAGUAAAAUGACAUAUGAUCAGAAGCGUGAUUUCAAGAAUCACCACAAAGUCAGAACUAUCAUGCUGAAUGAUAUAUCCUACAAUGAAUAUGAAAAAAUCACCAACAGGGAAACAGCGAAAGAGAUCCUUGAUUCCUUAAAGAUGACUCACGAAGGCAAUAAUCAAGUCAAGGAGACCAAGGCUCUAGUCUUAAUCCGAAAAUAUGAAGCCUUCAGAAUAGAAGAGGAUGAAGCAAUUGAAGUAAUGUUUUCCAGAUUCCAAACUCUAGUUACAGGUCUCAAGGUUUUGGACAAGGGAUACAUAACUGCAGAUCAUGUCAAAAAGAUAAUCAUAAGUCUUCCAAAUAAAUGGGGACCUAUGGUUACUGCCUUAAAACUAUCCAAGGAUCUGAACAACAUAAGCCUUGAAGAUCUCAUCAGAUCCCUCAGGAUUCAUGAGAUAGAGAUAGAGGAAGAUGAACAUCAAAAGAAAAGCAAAUCGGUGGCUCUGAAGUCUAGGUCAGAAAGACAAAAUCCAGAAUGGAACAUAGCCUUUCAAGUUGAAGAAGAAGAUGACGAAAACUCUGAAAAGGAAGAUUCUGACAAUUAA